GCCCAGCUGACCCUGGGACUUUGCCCUCCUGGGCCUGAGACACCCUGCACCUGUCCCUCUGGAGAGCCGUCAUGAGAGCCUCAGCCACCCUCCUCGCUGGGGCUCUGGCCACCCUCCUGGCUCCAGGGGCUGGGGUGCCCAUCCGAAGGCAGGACCGCCAGAACAAGCUGCUGCUCGUGUCCUUCGAUGGCUUCCGCUGGAACUACGACCUGGACGUGGAGACCCCCAACCUGGACGCCAUGGCUCGGGACGGGGUAAAAGCUCGCUACAUGACCCCGGCUUUCGUCACCCAGACCAGCCCCUGCCACUUCACGCUGGUCACUGGCAAAUACAUCGAGAACCACGGGGUUGUCCACAACAUGUUCUACAACUUCACCACCAAGGUGAAGCUGCCCUACCACGCCACACUCGGCAUCCAGAGCUGGUGGGACAAUGGCAGUGUGCCCAUCUGGAUCACGGCCCAGAGGCAGGGCUUGAAGACCGGCUCCUUCUUCUACCCUGGUGGGAACGUCACCUACCAAGGGACCGCCGUGACGCUGAGUCGGAAGGAGGGCAUUCUGCACAACUACAAAGACGAGAAGGAGUGGAGGGCCAACAUCGACACGGUGAUGCGGUGGUUCACAGAGGAGGACCUGGCUCUGGUCACUCUCUACUUCGGGGAGCCGGACUCCACGGGCCACAGGUACGGCCCAGAGUCCCCGGAGAGGAAGGAGAUGGUGAGGCAGGUGGACAGGACUGUGGGCUACCUCCGGGACAGCAUCGAGCGCAACAGCCUCGCCGGCAGCCUCGACCUGAUCGUCACGUCUGACCACGGCAUGACGACCGUCAACAAGACAGCCAGCGACCUGGUGGAGUUCCACAAGUUCCCCAACUUCACCUUCCGGGACAUCGAGUUCGAGCUCCUGGACUACGGGCCGAACGGCAUGCUGAUCCCCAAGGAGGGGAGGCUGGAGAAGGUGUAUGGUGUGCUGAAGGACGCCCACCCCCGGCUGCACGUCUACAAGAAGGAGCAGUUCCCCAAGUCCUUCCACUAUGCCGACCACCCCAGGAUCGCCCCGCUGGUCAUGUACAGCGACCCCGGCUACGUCAUCCAUGGGAGAAUAAACGUCCAGUUCAACAACGGGGAGCACGGCUUCGACAACAAGGACCUGGACAUGAAGACCAUCUUCCGGGCCGUGGGCCCCAGCUUCAAGGAGGGCCUGGAGGUGGCGCCCUUUGAGAGUGUGCACGUGUACGAGCUCAUGUGCCAGCUACUGGGCAUCGUGCCUGAACCCAACGACGGGGACCCCGACACCCUGAAGCCCAUGCUGCGCUCGAGCGGAGGAGGGCCACCCUCCCCCGCCCCGUCCACAGGAGGGCCACCCUCCCCCGCCCCGUCCACAGGAGGGCCACCCUCCCCCGCCCCGUCCACAGACCCAGGCUGGCACAGGCACACAGAACUGCCCUCGGGGUCUGCUCUCCUGCCGAAGGGGCAGCCUCCAUUGAUGUCGGCACUGCUGGGCACCCUGACUCUUCUGGCCAAGGUCACGGAGCACCGGCAGGGACACAGAGAGCCCCCUUUGUCAGGUGGCCCCGCCCCUUUAGAGCCGGCUCUGGCGCUGUCACCAGGAGGCGGCGCUCGUGCGCUCCUCAACGCCUGCGCGAGCUUCCUCCAGCCGCUUCGGACGUACCGAGAGGAACUGGGAUCCGUCUUUUCCUCCGCUCCUCCGGCCUCUGCAGCGCCCGCAGAGCUGCUGGAUCAGCCCGGGGAGGGGGCGGAGGACCGCUGA